GCCGUAAAGACGCUUCGCUUCUCUAAACCGGUCGAACAAUGGAAAUUCAAAAAUUCGUUAUAUUUUUUAUGGCUUCUUCAACGAGGGGAGGAAUUUGGAUCGCGAAGCGGCGUCCGCUAGGGGUUGCUCGCUCGGCCGCUUCGCGCCUGCGCACGUAGUUCGCGCCACUGCUACGUCGCUUGCAAGCCAGAUGUUCUGAAAAGCUUCCUGUCGCCGUUCCAAUGCUCCGCAUUUUUAUCUAAUAAGUUAUUGUAAAAUGUGGACUAGGACCUUUUUACUAUUUUCUUUUAUGAGUGAAGUAAUCAGUGAAUAGAUAUCAUGUGUAUUGGACAAACUGUGUGUAGUAACUAAAAAUUAUCGAGCGUCUCGAUGUCCACGAGUUCACUCGGGACCAACAAAGCGGCGGACAUUUUAUUUUGAGUACUCGAUAAUGUAGCGUUUGCGUCGAAAACAUUAAUGUCGUUUUAUGGUUAUAAAUUCGGAUAUCGUUCGCUUACACCUUUUCGAUGCCGAGAGGGGUGAAGCGAGGGCCGGUGGAGGGCGAGGCCGAGGUGGUGGUACGCGCCGCGGCGUCUCCUUCGCAUACCACGCUACUGGACGACAGCCCCAGCCAGCCCAUCAGCUAUCACCUGCUCGACCACGGCUAUGGCGCCACGCCAAAGCAUCAGAUUAGGCGCGAGGCGCCUACAGCACCGCCGAAGACGUCUGAAGCGGUGAAAAGAAGACUGAACCUGAGUGAGAGCAGUUCCGGCAGCCAGGGUCACGUGGUGCCCAUGAAAGCCGACUUCAAGACGCCGAAACAGAAACGCGUCAAAGUCCUCACGCCGUACAGUCGACCGUCCAGUUCUAUGAAAAAGUACACCGAACGUUCCAGGUUUGACACAUCAUUAGGUUUACUCACAAAAAAGUUCGUUGCGUUGCUGAAGUCUUCGCCCAACGGUGUCCUAGACUUGAACAUAGCGGCUGAACAUUUAUCGGUCCAAAAACGUCGUAUAUACGACAUCACAAAUGUUCUAGAGGGUAUAGGAAUUUUAGAAAAGAGAUCCAAAAAUAAUAUACAAUGGAAAUACGGUGAGUCAUUGGGGGGCGCGGCGGGCGCGGGCGGCGGCGCGGCGCGGCGGCUGCGGCGCGAGGUGCGCGCGCUGGCGGCGCGGGAGGCGCGCGUGGCGCGGGCGGUGGGCGUGGCGGAGCGCGCGCUGUCGGCGCUGUCGGCCGACCACGGCGCGCGCGCCUACAUCACGUACGCCGACCUGCGCUCCAUCCGCGACUUCCGCAACCAGACCGUCAUCCCCAUCAAGGCGCCGCCCGACACCAGGCUCAGCGUACCCCAUCCUGAUGAAAAAGGCUACAUGAUACAUUUGAAGUCUAUGUCUGGUGAAAUCGAAGUCUACCUCUGUCCAAAAGAACGUCCUCCUUCACCUGCAUCAACGUCUGGGCAACUUCCGGCGGAUCCCUUGCUGGAAGACAACAAGGCACUACUAGCACCUCUUAUAGCACUGUUGCAGUCUAAAGGCACCAAUUCCAUCACCGCCGAUUUCACCACGCCCAUCAAGCGCGAGCCCGGCAGCGACGCGCUCGUCGUCAGCACGCCCUGCGCCACCGACCCCACGCUGCCGCUGCCGCGCGACGCGCACGACGCGCGCGACACGCGCGACCCGCACACGCCGCAACACCAGCUCACGCCGCGACCGCAUCACACGCCGCUGCACGAGUCCAUGCACACGCCCGACAGCGGUACUGCGCGGGGUAGGCUUCGCAACGCGUUAAUAGCGGACAGCGACGAUUUCGCGCCCAUCAUGGGCGGCGGCCGCUUCCAGCUGCAGACCGAGGACCAGGAGUCAGAACCCCUGGAGCUGGAGCCGUUCCUGGCGCUGGAGCCGCCCAUGUCCGCGACGGACUACGGCUUCUGCCUGGACCACGACGAGGGGCUCGCGGAACUCUUCGACUUCGAGUUCUAGUGGCGCCGCCGCUCGGCUGCGCCGCCGGGCUGCUUGAAUGCCGCUGUACUGGCGAACUGCAGAUGUUUCAAUCUCACUUGGCAUACAUGCGUGACAGUUACUACUAGUGCUCAAACCUAUCUCUGUCUGUUGUGUUGAUUAUGAUGAGCUUGGGAUGUCUGUAGACCAUCGCAGAACACUCUCGCACUUUUUACACCCCUCUAUGCUCAUUACAAUUACGUUAACCGUAAGUUUUAUACUGCAGUUGUGUCGCUCUGAUGGCUGUCGGUAAAUGACGACGAAGCGAAGACUAAGGUUAAUAGACAAGCUGUAGUUGCAAUAUUGAACGCCAUUUACUAUUUUUAUGUUUUUGAUGAAUUUUAAAGUUUAUUUCGUUAUCACAGGUAUUAUAUUAAAGCCAUUAUAUUUACGGGUCUUGUAGCAGUGAAUGGUCGUCGUUUUAAACUUGAAUACCUGGUGACAGUUUCAUCACAUAGAUAAUAAAUAUCAAUUUGUCUACAUAAUUCCAUUAAAGACAAAUUCAUUUUCGGUGUACACUACAAGUACAUACCCAUGAAGUUUAAACCAUCGAUCGUAACAGUAUAACAUUGUCAUAUUAACACGGAACAUUAUUUGUUGUGUGUUCAUGUGCUGUACGUAAAGUCUGAGAGUGUUCUGCUAGUACCUGUAUCUGUCGUAACGUACAUUGGCCAUCACAUAGUGAAUUAGUUGUUACUGGUUUCAAGAUAAAUUAUUCAGUUGCAAUGAUUUUGCGACUUAGGCGAUGUCGAAUAUUUAAAUAAUUUCUUGUUAUGGAGGACUAUAGCCGACGCAGGCUGUUAUGAUACGAUAGUUUAUAGCAGAUAAUUGAGGUUUUUAAGCUUUAACUGAGAGUAGUUUGAUUCUAUAGUGUGAAGACUAGCGUGUCAGUAGGAAUGAGAUAGUCUUUAUACUGUAGAUCAUUCUCGUUUUCAGGAUUCUAGACUCACCAGUUCACUAAGCCUAGUGGAUGUCCAAUAUAACCUCAACCAAUCUAAUCUGAAAAACAUGGUGCUAAUUUCAUUUCUUCAUCUUAAUCGGUCAGCUACAGUCCUACCUUCCUAUAUAAUAAACUGAACGCUUAUAACGAAAAUGUUCCUCGAGGGUGAUCUUAUUGAUUUAUUUGUGUAUUACUGGGAUAGUGGGUUUGAGUACCGACGACCAUUACUUGUCAAACAAUGUUUAGGAGAUUGUGAUUUGUCUCAUUUGGGCGCAUACUACAGAUAAAAUGCCUUAAGACUUGAUAAAAUUUUGUAAAUAUGACGACUUGGCAAGUUUUGUAUGCGAUCUCUGGUAGUUAGUUCGGUUGUGUGAGAGGUCGGGCGGCGGCAGUAUGCGCCCGCGCGGCCGCGUGUACAGAGCGCGCGCAAUCAGGGCGCGGCGGCCGCGUUGUACAUAUACACACUAAUGAACGGUGAUAUCUUAGCGGCCUUCGAUUAUACUUGUAAAGCUAGCUCUAGUGUUCCAUACGUCAUACGUUCACGUUAGGGCUGUCGUUUGCGCAUUGCACAUUGUUCCGUUAUCAAUAUAACUGAUUUGCCAAAUAUUUAGUUACUACCUGAGUUUGUCAUUUAAGUUUCAUUAUUGGUUCGUUUAGUUGUCAUUGUAAAUAGUGGUAGGCAGGGCGGGCGCGCGGCGAACGUCAACAUUAUGAUUUCCAUAAUAUAAUUUUGAAUGUUUAAGUACAAAGUGCGAUAACGCGAUAGCCGUCUCUACCGUAAUGUAAGUACAUUACUCGAACGCGUUGGCACGCCUCCGCUCUGCCGUUUUUGAAUAGUGUACAGCACAAAUGUCAUUGUAAAAAUACCUAUUGAUAAGUGCAUAUCAAAUAAUUUUAAUGUUAGACUUAAUUUGAAGAUGAGUGUGAGCGGUUUGAGUGAGGGAGGCGCGGAAUGCCAGAUAUAGGCAGGCGGAACCAGGUUGCAAUACUAGUGCACAUAGCAUUGAGAGUGGAGCAAUAAUUUCUUUAGAAAGUUAUUUUUCUCAAAAUAUUAAAAAAAUCCGUGCCCUUGACAACAAGAGCUCGCGUCUUCCAAGUGUGUGUACAUAUUAAAGAUUUCGAGCAUCUAGGAGAUGAGACUGAGGACGAGGAUUUCGAAUCCGGGUCACUUACCAGCAAUAAUAUAAUUACGUCGAUGUCGGUCAAACUCCUCCUCCAGUGAACAUGGCGGCUGCACGAGGGCGCGGAACACGGAAGGCUAGCCACUGGUAACAGUUGCGACUGCGACCCGCCAGACAUCCCGCUAAUAGUAUUAAAUCACUGAUAUUUUUAUUUAUACAAUUAUUACGAUAUUGGUAUGGUUAUGUUCCGCAUAAAAAUAUUUCACCACAUGUACAUUAAGUACGUCAGCUCUGUUGUGCUAAAACGUUAUAAAUGAAAUGAAAUAUUACUAUCAAUGAAUUUUUAACAUUUUUCGUUUCAACAUCGUUAUCAUUAAGUUUUAUUUCGGUUUGAUAGGAUUUUAUUUUUCUCGUUUUAAUUAUUGCUUCCGUACAAAGCAAACUCUGUUGAGAACUAUAGGAAUUACCUCUUAUUCACACAACAUAACAGAAUUUGCUUUCAGCGGCGCUCGUGAAGUACCUUAUUCUAAAAAUGACAAAUUUUAAUAGCGAUACUUUAGUUACCUAAUGUCAUGUUCCUUAAACAUCGUUUAAAAAAAUCAGAGGCGAUGUCAAAAACAUCAACCGAUUGAUUUAUAAUUAAAAUAGCGGAGGCAUAUCCUGAUUUAAUAAGAUCGAUAUACACAAAAUUGUCGUGCAUUCCACAGCUCUAUCGAUUACCCUAGAUAUCGAUUUUUAAGGAACACGUGCAAUCAAUAUGUAGGUUGCUAGUCGCCUAAGCAAACGUUUUGUUCGGCAUUUUGCCACCUUGACUAAAGGUGGCAUUUUAAUUAUAAAUUGAAUUGUUUACGACACAAAUUCUGGGGCCAAAACGUACGAGAAAAAGAAGUACAAAUUAUUAACAAAAAAUUCUCGUAAUUUAGUUAAGGUUUUACGCUACUUCCUUAUUGACAUCGAUUGAUGUUUCGUUACUUAACGAAUAAUUCUUUACAAUCAAUCUGAUGAUUUGAAAUGUACGUACGUUACACUUUGUGAAUUCUGCGCAGGUUUGAUUCUAACUUAUUAUAACUCUGUAAAGCUUUGACCACAGAAAUAUUAAUUGGAAUCGAGCAUGCUGUAAUCUAAAUGUCUGUAACCAAUCAAUCAAAAAUAUUAUUUAUAUGCAUUGUUAAUAAAAGCAAACAUUGGAUCUAGCUGAGUGUUUGGUUUACAAAAACAUUGUGUUGCGUAAUAUUUAUGUGACCUCAAGUUCUGCUCUGAUAUAGCCAGUAAAUCAAAUGCUCCUUUGAAUAUGUUAAGUACUGUCAGGUUAAUCUGGUGUUGGUGAAAUAACCUCAUGAUGUUACGCUUAUACAAUAGCUGUCAGUAUUUUUGUAGUUUGAUUCAAUAAAUAUGAUCAUUUCUUUAUACUCCGCGCCGAUAGUUUCUUGAAGAUCUCAAAUCGAAAUAUUGGUAUUGUUUUUGUAAGUUAAAUUGUGUAACUAUCGACGAGGGGCUGCAACUGUUACAACGAUAUUAGUCCGUACAUAAUAACGUCACUGCGACGGUCCACAGGGUCCUAAUGUAGUAUUUCAAUACAGACAAUAUUAAACUAAUCGGAAUUUCACAUGUUGACUGGUGACGUAGGCCAGCUGUUUACUAUGUUUUCACACGUCUGAUGCGGGAUCAUCUCCGGUGGCACUGGUACAAGUGUUUGUUACUUUCUGUCUGUAGUUAUGUACUUAUUUAAAUUUCUCAGUUCGAGGUAGUCUAGAGCGGAGAUUGUCAAUGAACAGGUUGUAAUCAAACAAGUUUUGUUUUGAUGUUAGACAAAAUUACUAGUGCUG